UACACGUACAGCACGAUGGCGAACGUGGCCCUCAUGCAGGGACAGCUGGACAACGCAGAAAAGCUGUACAAAGCAACUAUGAGCCAUAUGCUUGCUGGGGACACCAAGGAGGAUGACAAUGCAAUCCUUGAGAUGUCCCUCAAGCUGGCCAGUAUCUAUGCUGCUCAGAAACAGCACAAACUAGCCCUGGCUGGCUAUGAGUUCUGCAUCCUGACCUUAGAGGAGAAGAUUGACAAGGAAAAGGACUUGCCUGAGGAUGUCUUACCAGCUGAAGAAAAAGCCAACACCCGUCUCUUGCUGGGGAUGAGCUUAGAUGGCUAUGCUCGGUAUCUCUUAAGCAUUAACCAGCUCUCAGUAGCCCAAAAAAUGUAUGAGAAGGCUCUGCAGAUCUCAAGUGAUGUUCAGGGAGAGACACAUCCACAGACUGUGGUCCUGCUCAAUGACUUAGCAACUGUACUGGAUGCUCAGGGGCACUAUGACGAGGCCUACUCCUAUGUGAGGAGGGCAGCUGACCUGGCAAAGGAAAUGCAACACCCCGAGGAGCACAUGGUGCUGAAUAACCUGGCAGCAAUUCUGAUGCACAAAGAAGACUUCCUGCAAGCAAAGCAAGUGUACAAAGAAGCUCUGAAGCAGGCAGAACAGAAGGGAGAUGCUGCUUCUGUCCAGCACAUCCGGGAAGAACUGGCUGAGCUGGCCAAGAGGAGAAAGGGCUCCAAAUGAUUUUAGCCAAAGAGUCCAAGCUUGAAGUGGUUGACAGCAGCAAGGAUGGGCCAGUACCAGCAGGCUGGGACAAGUAUGGUGCAAUUCUUGGGGGAAGCAACAGUGAGGAACUUUACCAAGAAAGACUGCUUAAUAUUUUAACUCUUUAGCCCAAAAUAAAUUUUUGAAAUCUUAA